AUGUUGUCAGUUGAAAGACUAAAUAGGGUCUUAGUUUCAAUUAGCGUCAUACAAGUGUACAAUAAGAUAAUGGACAACAAAAUGUCAAAAGCUGGAAAAGUGUCAAGGCAGCUUCUACAGUUUGGCAGGAUGGAUGUAAGAAAAAGCGAGCCAAAGAAAUCGGAAGCUGAAAGUAGAUGGGAUCGGCUAUUUAGUUUGCGACGAAACUCGAGGUCGAAGAGCCAGUGUAAUGGUGCACAGAAGAAAGUGUCGCCGGCCAAGGAAGGGUUCUUGGAUUCAAGGGGUAACAGACGUCGACGAACUGUUAGCGAAAUAGUCAUCAAUGUAUUGGAAAGCGACUCUGAAAAUGAUUGUAACAUGAACUGCGAAACAGAGCUGAAUAAUAGUGUUUCUGAGUCUAAUAAUGAGAGAUCAGAGGGGUGCGCAAGUUAUGAACGGAAAUCAGGCAAGGCACGAAGUCUUGACGAGUCGCCAAUAUCUGGCGCCUUUCAGAGAACGUCACGCCAAUCGACCUUUGAUGAAAAGAUCACUCCCAUUGGGCGUCUGCUUGUUCCGGUGAGGAAAGAAGGAGAAACAGAGGUUGAAACCGGUGGAUCGGGGUUCAACUCACUUUUCAUUUCACCAGAAGGCCCACUCGACAAUGAUCUAGACUCGGCAGCAGAGGAACUGUCGAGAAUCGAGAGAAUAAAGAAAUGGUUCGAACCAGCGGAAACUAAUGUGAAUUUAAAGAUAUUUGGGGGUGACAGGGGACUUGCGAAGGAGAAGCAAAGAAUGAAAGCGUUUGGAUUUUUGAUACAUCCAUACAGUGCCUUCAGGAACUUCUGGGACUUGGUCGUGCUUCUUCUACUCGUCUCGAACAUGAUUAUUCUCCCAGUGACGAUAACGUUCUUUCGCGAAGACCUCAGCCCAGUUAUGGUGAUGUUCAAUGUUGUUUCAGAUAUUUGUUUCAUGGCUGACAUUUGCCUGAACUUCAGGACAGGCUACAUGGCACCUGGGGCAGGAGUCCAUAUCAUUCUUAAACCAAAACUUAUUGCGAAAAGGUACCUUCGAACAUGGUUCUGGCUCGACUUCAUUAGUUCGCUGCCCUUCGAUUACAUUCUUAGUUCAGCAACUGGAGACAGUGAUGGCAUAGCUGUUAAAGGCGCCUCCAGAGCUCUCAAGUUCCUGCGCCUUGCUAAACUUCUCAGCCUUCUAAAGCUUUUAAGAAUUUCGAGGAUCUUGAGAUAUAUCAAGCAAUGUGAAGAGAUAUUCCACAUGACAACCUCGUUUAUGCGUUACAUUAAGCUAAUAGCAAUGAUGCUACUUGUUGCCCAUUGGAAUGGCUGCCUCGGUUUCCUUGUGCCGAUGCUUCAAGACUUCCCCGAUGAUUGUUGGGUCACCAUCAAUAAUCUGAAGGAUGCAGAAUGGACAGUGCAAUAUUCAUGGGCUCUUUUUAAAGCUCUUUCGCAUAUGCUUUGCAUUGGAUAUGGAAGAUACCCCCCUGCCACUUUGUCUGAAGCCUAUAUUACUAUAUUCAGUAUGAUCACGGGGGCAACUUUCUAUGCUCUUUUCAUCGCUCACUCCAUGGCAUACAUCCAGCAUGUCGACUCUGCAAGGAGACAGUACGCAGAAAAGUUCAAGCAAGUGGAGGAAUACAUGACCUACCGAUCUUUACCUGAUCACGUGAAAGAGAGGCUGUCGAAUUACUAUGAGCAUAGAUAUCAAGGCAAAAUGUUCAAUGAAGAGCAGAUCCUUGGUGAGAUAUCAAGACCACUCAAAGAGGAGAUUGUGAGCCAUAACUGCAGAGAUCUCGUUGACGCUGUCCCGUUCUUCAAGAAUGGCAGUGCCUUGUUCGUGAGAAAAGUGCUGACCCUACUCCGGUUUGAAGUUUUCUUACCUGGUGAUUACAUAAUCAGAGAAGGGACCUUUGGAACUGAGAUGUAUUUCAUAAGGCAAGGAUCAGUGGAUAUAUUGGUCAAUGGAGAGCGCACUACCACUUUGAAUGAAGGAAACUACUUUGGAGAGAUAUGCUUGUUGGCGAACGCUAGGAGAAUUACCAGUGCGAAAGCCGCUUCAGUCUGCGAUUUAUUUGUCCUACCUGCUGCCAGUUUCAAAAAUAUUUUGGAAGAAUUCCCGGAUGUAAAGGUCUUAGUUGAACAUGUUGCGAUCCAUAAAUUAUUAGACAUUCGGAAACAGGUACGAUUGCAGACAGGUUCAACAGAAGCUGCUGAUGAUUUGCUGUUUGGAUCAGGUUUGCAGCGAAGAUGGUCGAUUGUGCAAGAACCCUUUCAUGAUGAUACUGUUAAGGAGGACAGCACCCCAAAGAUUUACUUAAGGAGACAAUCAAUGAAAGACUUUGUAAUGAAUAGAAAAGAAUCCAAUUGCAUCGAUGGUUGCUCUUUGGAGCACCUGGUUGAGACACACAGGAAGGGCGCCGAGUCUUGCAUACUUUGCCAAGAAGACUUAACCAAAGUCGAUCUGACAAAGCAGAGUCUGUAGUAAUAAAUGUGCAAGACACAUUCAUCAUUUUAUGUUGUCUAGCGUGUUCUCCAUUCCGGCUUUAAGAGAGCCAGAAUACUUUAUUUUGCUCAUUUUUGAACAAUGAUAAAUGUCAAUGGUCUGAUCAAGGAGCAUAGCUCUCCCUAAAUGUGUAGGAUAAUCAUGCAAUUUUUAUCCUUAAGCAUUAAUUAUCUUUCAUAUGGUUUACAUUUCCCUUGCCAAUGCACCCACAAAUAACCAAAACAUCCCAUGUUUAGUUUAAAGUUGCUUAUAGGGUCCCCAUUGCUUGCAUCGUUCGUGCUUUUGAGGUUUAACAAUCGCGUAAAUUUUUCAUUAGUAAAAUUCAUUUGCUAAGACAAAUUUUUUAAGACUCGAAUCAAAGCAUGUUUUCACCAAACCCCUAAACAGUACCGUAAUUUACACCAGUUCAUUACAUUCAUAGCCAAUGCUAUCUUGAGUCGUCUAAAUAAGCUAUUUCAAUUCAGAAAAGACCUGGUCUGAUCUUUCAACUAGAACAUUUUCAACCUACUAAUGCAGUGAUGUCAUGAUGCACAAUUAGCUUUUGUUAAAAUGGUCAGUAAAGGUUCUGGAGUUUGCUUUGUGUUCGAGCCUUAAGGAAAUAGGCCUACAGACAGCAGUUCAAAUGAUCAAUAUAGAUUAAAGAGAAAUCUGGAAUGCGAGAAAAACUUUUGUUGGUUAAGAGCUUAUUUCACAUUAGGAAAAGUAACGUGCAGAUACGUGUAGUAUUUACAAAAGGCUAAUUUUUGUUGCCUUAAGAAUUAGUGGAUAAAGUCAGUGGUAGCAGAAAUUUUGAAAUGUUAGGAUUUUUCUGAGAAAAUUAUAUAAACGGUGCCCAAUAUUCUAGGAAUUGGUGCGCAACAUAAAAAAUCAAACAUUUUUAAAUUGUCUAGAAUGUGAUAAACGAAAUGAUAUUUAAAUAUUAACUGAACUUAUCAAACUUAAAAGCUAAUUAAUGGAGAUCCAAAUAAAUUCCACAGGACAAGUAAAAUGUAAAUAUCAAUAGGUUUGUUAGUUAGACUCAAGACUAAAGCACUUUAGACUCAAAAUACUAUGUUAAGAGACAGAUGUACCAAUUCCGAUAAUUUCUAUGAAGCCAAAAAACAAUACCUAAGUACAGAAAAUAGAUUUAGUCCAAGUGUAAAAGUAAUGAGUAUAGCUAGGCUUAAUAAUUGGCGACAUCGUUUUAUCCCAGUAUAAAUGUUUCUUCUCCCCAUGUUAGUUUCUUGGUAAUGCUAAAUGAUGCAAACUGUCUUCCAAGAAGGCUUCAACUAAGUUGGAUAUAAGGUUUAUGAGCUACUGUUCAAAUUGAUUGUAGUGCAAACCAACACCAAAUUGUAAAGAAAAUUGUUUUAAAGCAUGUCAAAAUGGAUAUUGGGUAUCUUGGAUGCCGGAGCCACAAAAUUUCGAACAUGGAAAUGAAGAACCAAGCGGAGAAGCGGAGGAGCAUUUAGCUUUUCGUUCCUCUCAGAUGGAUGUUUUCAGAUAGAUUCUCCUCCGCUUCUCCGCUCCUAAUUUCUGUUACCCCGUUCGAAAUUAUGUGGCUUUUGCACCCAUUAUGGAUAUUAGGAAGUAAGGAAAGUGAUGAAAUAAAUGGUAAUAUCACGAUUGGAGAUAGGGGGAUAAGGAAUCACAAUAGAGGUUAUGUAUUUUCUCGUGUUUUUAAAGACAUUUUCCACUGGUCCAGAGCUGUUAAAUUGCGCCCUUUUCCACAAGACAGAGAUAUAAUUGUAUUAUGAUUAGGAGUGAGGAUUCUCGCAAAUAUUGCAUCGUUCAAUUGUGACCUUAGUCGGAGGCCUUUUGACUACAUGAUAAAGAACUGUAAAAUUACUUGGCUAUGAGAAAUGGUUAGAAUGAUUAAAAUCUUUUUGUACUUUUGUAAUUUAUUUAUUUAUUUGAAAGUUGAAAUCUGUUAUAUGUUAAUACCAGGAACAAGAAUUAUAAAUAUUAGUGUGCUUCUGACUACCAGACAAAAUUAUUGUGUUUGCAAUUGAAAUAAGAUUAUUGAAAAUAUCGAAAGAAAUUCAUAUAUUCCUUUUUCUUUGCCUAAUCUGUCGAUUGUCAAAUUAUAGCUUUUUCUCAUUCUUUGUUUCUUUCUUUUCUUCAUUUCCUACUGUGUUUUUUCGAGAAUAUGUUAUCAGUGCUUAGAAGAAACCAACUGACUAAUUUAUGGGCGAUACGACAAACUUACGGGUGAUAUUCUGUUAUCGCGAUAUUCUGACACCAAAUCGUAUUAUGCUGGGGACGCUGUAGAAUUGUAGAUCAUAGGUACGUUUAUCAAAGUCAACAGAUGUUGUCUCCUCUCACAAGUCUUGUUAUAAAUAAUAUAAAUAAUGCCAAAGUGAAUUUGCGUUGGAAUGGUUCCCUAUCGAAAGCCCUUUCGCGGGGAAAUAAGCUACGGGGACAAUCCUUGGUUUAUAUAAAGAGGAGGACACUAGGCUAUUGUUUAAAACAUUGAAAAUUCACUGGGGCUACAAGGGAGGGGGCAAAGGCAUUCCUAUAAAUAUUUUGAAAGGUCACUGGUGUUUUUGGAGUACAGAAGAAAAUUCUAAAAAAAUAUAUGGAGUUUCCGUAUGAAGCUUUCUGUAUGGGAUACCAUUAUUGCCAAAUAUUUUCUUUUGCCAAACACUCUCGUCAGGGACAGAAAAUUUCUACUCUUUGCCCCGCCAAUCUUCCAACCCUGGCUACGCCACUGCUUCUUAUUUUCUCUACCUUAAAUUUUAAAACCGAAUUUCAAAAAUGGGCAUUUCCAGGGGUCUAGUGCUAGGGGGC